UCCUCACGGUGACAAGCAAGUCUUACUGCCCAGACAGACGAGGAGCGCGGAUAGAUCUUCUCAUAUACUGAAACCUUUUAUUAACAGGCUAAAACUGCAAAUCGUUUGGCCUUGAAAUGUACGCAAAGAUGGACGGGGGCGUGAUCAUGAAAGCCCUCAUUUUCCUUGCGUUUAAUGUUCAUCUGGCAGGUUCCCAUUCUCUGCAGUACUUCUACACUGCAGUCACACCAGGAAUCAAUUUCCCAGAGUUCACUAUUGUGGGUCUGGUGGAUGGAGAGCAGUUUGUGUACUAUGACAACAUCAUCAGGAAGAUGAUCCCAAAGACAGAGUGGAUAGAGAAGAGUGAGGGUGCAGACUACUGGAGCAGACAGACUCAGACACUGCAGGGUAAUCAGGAGAGCUUCAAAGUCGGCAUUGGUACAUUAAUGGAACGCUUCAAUGAGACUAAAGGUGAGAAUAAACACACUCAGUACAUGAAUGACUAA